AUGGGAUCGCUUCAUGAAUCUCAAACGACGACGGGACAACCACCGCCAUCGCCGACGACGGGACAACCACCGCCAUCGCCUGCGUCCGUAAACACUUGUCCACCGACAGUUCGCAUGCCGAUUAACUUACAGCCGGCAAACAGCAAAAGCAAACAAAAUUCCACCAACAAACUAUUUGGCAAAUUCCGUUCAAUGUUCCGGUCGUUUCCGAUCAUUGUUCCGUCGUGCAAGAUGCCCACAAUGAACGGAAACCACCGUACAAGUGAAACAAUCAUCCAUGGCGGCAUAAGGAUAACCGGAACCUUAUUUGGUUACCGAAAAGCGAGGGUAAACCUUGCCUUUCAAGAAGACUCUAAAUGUCACCCAUUCCUUCUCUUGGAGCUGGCCAUUCCCACGGGAAAGCUUCUCCAAGACAUGGGAAUGGGCCUUAACAGAAUAGCGCUGGAGUGCGAGAAGCACUCCAGCAACGAUAAAACAAAGAUCGUUGAUGAACCAAUUUGGACGUUGUUUUGCAAUGGAAAGAAAAUGGGUUAUGGGGUGAAGAGAGAUCCAACGGAUGAUGACUUAUAUGUGAUACAGAUGUUGCAUUCAGUCUCGGUAGCGGUCGGCGAGCUUCCGAGCGACAUGUCAGACCCUCAAGAUGGAGAAUUGUCGUACAUGAGGGCGCAUUUUGAACGUGUGAUUGGGUCUAAGGAUUCAGAGACUUAUUAUAUGAUGAUGCCUGAUGGAAAUAGCAACGGACCUGAACUUAGUGUGUUCUUCGUUAGGGUUUGAUAUGUUGUUGGCUAAAUGAGAAAAAUGUAAAACAAGAUGUUGACUAACAACCGCGGCACCUCCAGGAUAAAACAGCCCAAUUCACAUGUUCGAUUGCGUACUGCAUCGUAAGCAAUCGUUCGAAAAAUAAAACCCUCAAAUAUGGUUUAAUCGAUAGUUCCAUUAAACCACUCUAUAUGGUACGAAAACCACUCAAAAACGACGGGACAGAAGGAGCAGAAGAAAAGAAGGACUCGUCAACACAAGUCAAAAAAGGAGGAAAAGUGGAAAAGCACAAGAAGCAUGAAUUUCGGUGUAAAGAAUAAGUGAGGUACCCAAAGAGAGGAUAAAGCACAAGAAGAAUAUAUACUAAGUUCGCUAGGCCCUCUUUUCUUAUGAGCGUAUUUUCCUUUUUCUUUAUUGAUUUGUUUGUUGUUAAAUAAAUGUUGGGAAUCUUUUGGUUUUGCUUUUUUUAUCUGGUUUGAUAUGAA